GCUUUGACUACAACCAGCCGAUGAGAAAGCGUUGAGAAGAAGGAGACAUGAUGGGACAGUUCCCGGAGGAUGUGGUGGGUGGCUUCACCGCAGAGGAACUGGAAUGCAAGAUCUGCUACUGCGCUUACAGCCUGUCAAGUCGACGGCCCAAGGUCCUCGAGUGCUGCCAUUGUCUUUGUGCCAAGUGCCUUGCAAAAAUCCUUGAUUUAGGCGAAUCCUCUCCAAACGCAGUGGUCUGUCCGUUCUGCCGCUACAUCACAGAUCUUCCCGGAGAAGACGUGGACAGUUUACCAGAUGAGUAUAACUUGGUGUCGGCACUGCUGUCCAUCCAGACGCGGAAGCAUCAGAGCCUCAACGACAACCGAGGCGAGAUUCUCCUCAGUCCCAGGCACCUCAGCUCUCUGGUGGGACACUCCGCCUCCGCUUCUCCCACCUCCAUUCGUUCCAAUUAUGUGGUGAUCACCAUUAUGGAGCCUCGGCAGGAGUCUGUCAUUCCAGCUCGGAGCAGGGAUUACCGCUCUUCCAGCCAGGACUCCAUGGCCUCGGUUACUCAGAGAUGGACAGUGUGGAACUGCGCGGCCCUGCUGUGCCAGACUUCAGCACGCGUCCUGGUUUGGCUGCUGGGGAUGCUGUACUUCAGCUCGCUGCCUCUAGGGGUCUAUCUUCUAAUCAUGCAGAAUACCAGGGUGGGGGUGAUGUUGGUCAGUUUGGUACCUGUCAGUCUUCUCAUCGUCAUGGUGUACGGCCUUUGCCAAUGCCUGUGCCGUGAGUUUUGGGACUGUGUACCACCGUAA